AUGUCCGACCUGCUCACGUCCCCAUUUCGCAUCUCGCCCCACGACCGGGUCGUGUUGGAGCGCAAUGAGGCCUUCCGGGCCAUGCGCGACCAGCUGCACCGUCGGGAGUGUGGCAUGGAAGGGCCGAGUUUCUGCUCCGUUCACCAACACGAGUGCACCGCCGACGACCAAGACGCCUUCCGCCUACAUCGCGACAUCAUCCACACUUUACUCGUCCCACUCUUCCUCAUCGACCACCAGGCCACCCGCGUGGCAGCGCAUGCCCUCCCGAGUCAAAAGGGCGCCGAGCCCGAACGGGCUUUCCGCGGCGAGGCCCGCAGUGCAUUCGCCUGGCUGCAUUGCAUUCUGACCGAGGAGGGAGACUGGUAUCGCACAUCGCGCUGCCCGUCGUGUAUCGUGCUGCACGUGCUUCACUCCGAACCGACCAUCCGUUUUGUGGCAGUCGCCGCGCAGUUGGCCGGUCCCAAUACUGGCUUUGACUGCUGGCUCGAGGCCCUGGAGACGGCGGUGCGCGAAGAUCCCUUCUGGGGCGAUGCCUUCUGGCCCGACAUUGAGCAUCGUGCGGCGGGUCUGACGGAGGGCGUGCAGGAACUGGUCCGCCAGUGCCAUGAGAUCCGCACGUCCUUCGACUGUCCCACGCGUCCACCCCCAUCUCUGGCCAAGGCGCCUCUGUCAGGCUGCGACCGGGUCAACACGUCCACUUGCACCAUCGCCUUGAAACCAUCAAGCUUCGCCCGGAAACAGGUUCGCCUGACUCGCGAGGAGCAGCGCUAUCGAUCGUCCCUGGCAUGGAACUGCUCCCGUGAUGCCCAGUUCCGGCAGUCGUUGAACGACUCGACCACCCAGUCCCGGCGGCGUUCCUUGACUUCGUGA